AUGAGUGAUGACCAAGUGACUCAGCAUGUGUUUGUUAUGAGGCAUGGAGAGCGACUGGAUAGCAUGGACAGAAACUGGAAGAGGACAGCAGUUAGACCUUAUGACACACCACUAACUCAUCAUGGACAUAAUGAAGCCAACAGGCUUGUUAAGUGUAGACUAGCAGAAAAAGGUAUCGAGAUGGUGUUUGCGUCCCCCUUCCUGCGCUGUCUCCAAACGGCCCAUCAAGCAUGUCUAGCUCUAGAGCUCCCAGGCUUCCAAACACACAACAACCUCUGUGAGCUACUCAUGAAAGAAAACGGCAUGACUGACUCCCCAAUGGUUCCGUGCAAAGAAGAUGCUGAAGGCUUGAAAAUUCUUUCAUUUGAUUCCUCUUCGCUACCCAAAUUUCCAGAGACUCUAGCAGAAUGUAAACAGCGCUAUCUGUCCGCUCUGAAUACCUUAGCUGAUGAACACUGGCCCAAGACUUUGUUGCUGGUCACUCACGAGGUGUGUGUGCGUGAGGCAGUGUCGUGGGGAGGCUGCAAGAUUGAUGUGGAGGCUACUUACUGUGGACAAGUUGAAAUUGCUAGGAACGAUAAAAACAGUCAUGACUGGAAACUAAAGCGCUACGAUGGAGUGUAUACAUAUGAUGUACCAUUUUAAACCUUACACUUGGUGAUCAGAAAUUAAUGUACGUGUGUGAAUAUACAUGUACCAUCAUCCUAUAAUUUUUUAGUGAAUGACAUUUUAGUCUACCUAUACAUUAUACAGUAGGGGUAUUAUUCUAUUAAAGAUAAUCCACGGAUAUUUUUUUGUCAAACUUUUUACACAUAAAUUAUUGGUGAACAUGAA